CCGGCGUGGUUGGUGCGUCCCAGAUGACGUCAGGAGCAGCCCGCCCCUGCCUGGAUGGUGCGCCCUGAGUGACGUCAGGAGCAGAGGCCGGAGCUGUCCAUCAGCACCAAGGGCCGCAGGCGGGAUCAGGGCAUGGGGCCGCGGCUUUGGGACAGCCCGAAUCCCCGUUCCUGCUCCUUUCCCUUCCCCGGGACCGGCCUGAGUCUCCGGACGCCGCGGGACUGGAGUGCCAGCCGGUGUCGGAGGUGGAGCGGCGACGCCGCCGCGCGGAGACCGGUCUUCCCGGUCCAGCAGCCCCCUUCCCCGCCCGGCGGACUUUCCCCGGACCCCAAGCACUUGGAGCCUCGGGCACCCCGCAUCCCCGGCCCCUACGGCCCCUGCACAGCCUCUUUGGCUCAGGAGCUCAGGUCGCCUCCAGCCCAGGUAGAUCUUGGACAAGCCCAGAUUUAGCCUCCCACAAACGAGUCUUCUGGCUGCCUCCCUUCACCAGCAGCACACGGCCCGCAUCUCCCCUCACUCCACUCAGCCUCCUUUAACUUCAUCCCAGGCGCCUCUAGCCAGGCACUUUUGUUUCCCUUUGUUUUUGCUUCCCACUUCAGGGAUGCUUCCAGAGCUGCAUGAUGUGGGCUCCACUCCUUUGUCCACUGUGUCCUUGCUGAGUUCUCCCAUUCUCACUCCCACCCUCAUCCUGGUGGGGACCCAGCACUCCUCGUUGACCCCCAACUUCCUCCCUAUCAGGUGGACCUGGGAGGGUGACCCCCUUCCGUUCCCACCACUAUGCCGGGCACUAUGGAGACACUGCGGUUCCAGCUGCUGCCCCCAGAGCCAGAUGAUGCCUUCUGGGGUGCACCCUGUGAACGGCCCCUGGAACGCAGGUACCAAGCAUUGCCGGCCCUCGUCUGCAUCAUGUGCUGUUUGUUUGGAGUCGUCUACUGCUUCUUCGGUUACCGCUGCUUCAAGGCAGUGCUCUUCCUUACGGGGCUGCUGUUUGGCUCAGUGGUCAUCUUCCUGCUGUGCUACCGAGAGCGGGUGCUGGAGACACAGCUGAGUGCUGGGGCGAGUGCAGGCAUCGCACUGGGCAUUGGGCUGCUCUGCGGGCUGGUGGCCAUGUUGGUACGCAGUGCGGGCCUCUUCCUGGUGGGGCUGCUGCUCGGUCUGCUGCUCGCUGCUGCCGCCCUUCUGGGCUCCGCACCCUACUACCAGCCUGGCUCUGUGUGGGGCCCAUUAGGGCUGCUGCUGGGGGGCGGCCUGCUCUGCGCCCUGCUCACCCUGCGCUGGCCCCGCCCGCUCACCACCCUGUCCACCGCCGUGACUGGUGCUGCGCUCAUCGCCACCGCUGCUGACUACUUUGCCGAGCUGCUACUGCUGGGGCACUACGUGGUGGAGCGACUGCGGGCCGCCCCCGUUCCCCCCCUCUGCUGGAGGAGCUGGGCCCUGCUGGCACUGUGGCCCCUGCUCAGCCUGAUGGGCGUUCUGGUGCAGUGGCGGGUGACGACAGAGAGGGACUCACACACAGAAGUGGUCAUCAGCCGGCAGCGACGUCGUGUGCAGCUGAUGCGGAUUCGGCAGCAGGAAGAGCGCAAGGAGAAGCGGAGGAAGAAGAGGCCACCUCGCGCUCCCCAAAGAGGUCCCCGGGCUCCUCCAAGGCCUGGGCCCCCUGACCCUGCUUAUCGCCGUAGGCCAGUGCCCAUCAAACGCUUCAAUGGAGAUGUCCUCUCCCCGAGCUACAUCCAGAGCUUCCGGGACCGGCAGACUGGGAGCUCCCUGAGCUCCUUCAUGGCCUCGCCCACAGAUGCGGACUAUGAGUAUGGGUCCCGGGGGCCACUGACGGCCUGCUCAGGGCCCCCUGUACGUGUAUAGCUGUGUCUCCUCCUGUCUAGACUGCAGUCACCAGCUCUGCCAGUGUGGGGAGGCCUGCCAGGCUGCCACCCUAACUGCCAGGCCCUGUGGCCUUUGGCUAUGCCUCUUCCCUCCCUGGAGGGGGCUGGCCUGGUCACUAGAAGGGAGGAUCUGUCUCAGGCUAGGCUUUGCCUGAGUGGAAAACCCCCUCCCAUGCUCCCAAGGGACUCAGGGUGUGAGCCCACUGGGGUGUGCUCAGGGUUGUGAGUGUGUCGCCUGUGUGUGCAUGUGUGUGAGGGAGUAGGCUUGGAGGGGACACUAGGGCCCUUGCCUUAGAUUUUUGAUUGGUAGGCCAUCCCCAGGGCUGGCCUGCCUCCUCCCCACUGCUGGGGUCCCACGGGCCGCUCUCCUGCAUGUCUGUGUGGAGGAGGCCUGCCUGGCUCCACCAUUACUCCGCCUCCCAACCACUCAUCUAAGGGUUCUUGUCCUUGUCCACAGGGCAAACUGCAACACCCCUCACCCUGGUCCCCUGGCCUCUGCAAAGCCACCAGCCUGACAGCAGUGGCAAUGGAAGGGGGUGGGGGGGUCCUGCCCUGGGCUGAGUUGCAGGGGUGUGAGGGAGGGGGGCUUAAAUGCACGGUGCAUGUCUGGUGUCUGUCAUGCCACCUUGGACACCUCAUGCUUCU